AUGGGCGCGGCCGUCGGCUUGAGGUUGCCGGAGAACCGCUGCGAGGAGCCGUUGUUGUGGUGGGGCUGUCGGCAAGCAGAUGAUGAGCACUGGCCUGUAGAUUUCAGUGGCGUUUUGUUCAUUAUGCCUCUCUUGGUAUUUGCUCUAUAUAUCACUGGAUCACUCAAUACUGUCCUAUCGAAAGAACAUCAGCGUGAGAUAUGUCGCUAUAUUUAUAACCAACAGAAUGAAGAUGGUGGUUGGGGUAAACAAGUGGUGGGACCGAGCACCAUGCUCGGCUCAUGCUUAAACUAUGUUACCUUAAGAAUUCUUGGUGAGGAGAGCACACAUGAUGCAUUGACCAAAGGACGCGAAUGGAUUUUAUCUCAUGGAAGCGCAGCUGCAAUACCACAAUGGGGAAAGAUGUGGCUCUCGAUGAUAGGUUUGUAUGAUUGGUCUGGAAACAAUCCUAUAAUUCCAGAACUAUGGCUUGUCCCUCACUUUCUUCCAAUACAUCCAGGUACUUUCCAGCAUAAUACGGAAGGUUUUGAAGAGAAAUUGGAGAGAUUUGAGGGAAUUGGAAGAAAGGAAGAGAGGGGCGGCAACGGCCUGAAGGCCGGUUCUGGGCCCUGGUCCAAUAGCUCCAUGCUCCACUUCUGGGCUUAG